UUCAAGAUCCAAUGCAGUGCAUGCACUGUUUGUUAGACGACCGACCUCCCAUAAGUGAAGACAAGAGAAUAUUUGAUAGGAAGACGUCCAGACAUGAAGUGCGUGCUAUCGCUGUGGCUGUCGGUGUUGUACGUCGUGUGCUGCCACCUCCAGGUGACGUCGGGGUCAGAUGUGUUCCUCGUGAAGGUUGUGUCGUCGCAGAGAGUAUGUGACCGGCUGUGUGUCUACACCUCACGGUGCCAAGCGUAUCACUGGGACGACACUACCAGAGCUUGUCACCUUUCAACACAACCUUCAUCUACUAAUACCGACUUCACAAAUUACAAGGCUCACACUGGCCAAUGUGGACAUCGUCUGUGCGCCCAGACGGAGACGUGUGUUCCUGUUAAAUCAGCAACUGCCUACAUCUGUCUGGAGGCGACGUUACCGACUUCAGUUCCUGCUACAACUGCCACCCCGUUGAUGUCAACUACAACGUCUGUGCCGGCUGUGACAACAACCUCCUACACAUCUCCAAGUGAAACUACUGCUUCCGUUCCGCCAUCUACAACCACCACCACAACUACCACGGCAACACUGACAACAACGACUUCAUCUCCCGCUACAACUACUGCUACAUACACGUCAACUACAACGUCUUUGCCUGCUGUUACAACAACCUCCUACACAUCUCCAAGUGAAACUACUGCUUCCGUUCCGUCAACUACAACCACCACCACAACUACCCCAAGUCCCACGACACCAUUGACAACAACGACAGCAUCUCCCGCUACAACUACUACUAUAUACACGUCAACUACAACGUCUUUGCCGGCUGUGACAACAACCACCUACACAUCUCCAAGUGAAACUACUGCUUCCGUUCCGUCAACUACAACCACCACCACAACUACCACGGCAACACUGACAACAACGACUUCAUCUCCCGCUACAACUACUACUACAUACACGUCAACUACAACUUCUUUGCCUGCUGCAACAACAACCACCUACAUGUCUCCAAGUGAAACUACUGCUUACGUUCCGCCAUCUACAACCACAACUACCCCAAGUCCCACGACACCACUGACAACAACGACUGCAUAUCCAAAUACAUCUCCAAAUACAACUCUUACUACCGAUGCGCCAUCUACAACCACAACUACAUCGAUAUCAACUACAUCCAUUACCUUUACAACUACAACUACACCGACAACGACACAUACACAAACUACAUGGACUACAAUAAGUACCACCACUGCACCAUCGAGUACCUCCACAACUACCACAACUACAACUCCCACCACUACAACGACGACCAUCACCACAGUUACAACGACAUCAGGGAGGAGGAUGCUGUACACGGUAGGUGUGGUGACGGGACGUUUGAAUGGAGCGGGAACUACCUGUGACAUCUAUCUUAUUCUGAAUGGGACCGAGGGUACGAUCACCAAGAAACUGCAGAAGAAAGGUUUUGUUUUCGCGAAGGGAUCUUUCCUUGCCAAGUGUGUUGGUAAACUAAGAAACAUUAAGGUGAAAAUCGUUAAGAAAGGAAUCAUCCCGAGUUGGGGAUGGUAUCUAGACGCCAUGACAGUAUCUGUUACUGGUGGAAAUUACACCGACAAGUACUUCACCAAUCCUAAAAGUUGGCUCGGAAUGUUUACAACGACACAGUCCAUGGAAAUAUCCGACCUUGAAUUUACACAUAUCUAG